UUUUCAGCGUAGUGCAAUCAAAAUCCAAUCUUGGAUAAACUCUCUUUGAAUCCAAGUUUCAUCCUCUUCUGGGUUCUCUUCAAACUUCAUUCUAGUGCAAUGUCAAUGUCUCUCUCUCUCUUCUUCUUCUUCUCUCACUAACAACACUUUUCAAAUCUAGGAUUUAAAAACUCUUGUUCCUCUUCCAUUUCUUCAUUCAUAAAUCUAUAGACAAACACAUUAUCAUUAGUGUUUUUUUCUAACCUUUGAACUUGCCUCAGUUAAUUUGUUUCCGGGAAAUUCAGUUUUUGUUGUCUCCUAAGUCAUACUUUUGUUGGAAAAAAAUAGUUCUUUAACUUUUUUGCUUAGUUUGAAGCUGUUGAAUUAACAAGUAAGAAGGAACAAUUAAAUACAGAAAACAUAGGUUGGUUGAAAAAAAAUGAAGUUUUUUACUUCAUUGUUGUUUCUGAGUUUGGUUUCUAUGUUCCCCUUUGUGGUUUUUGGCAUGGUGGUUUCAAAUGAAGUUUGGGCACUUAAAACCUUCAAAGAAGCUGUGUAUGAUGAUCCACAUAUGGUUUUAUCCAAUUGGAAUACUCUUGAUUCAGAUCCUUGUGACUGGAAUGGAGUUUUGUGCUCUGCGACUCGAGAUCAUGUCAUCAAGCUAAACAUAUCAGGAGCAUUGCUAAGAGGAUUUCUUGCUCCAGAAAUUGGAAAAAUUGCCUACUUGCAAGAACUGAUCUUGCAUGGAAACAAUCUCAUUGGAAUAAUACCGAAAGAAUUAAGCGCGUUAAAGUCUCUUAAGGUGUUGGAUUUGGGAAAAAAUCAGUUAUCAGGACCAAUUCCUAAAGAGAUUGGAAAUUUGACUCAAAUUGUAAAAAUAAAUUUGCAGUCCAAUGGUUUGACUGGUAGGUUACCUUCUGAGCUUGCAAAUUUGAAAUACCUUCAAGAACUUCGGUUAGAUAGGAAUAAGCUUGAAGGACCUGUUCCUGCUUCUAGCAGUUCAAAUUUUUCUUCAAAUAUGCAUGAAAUGUAUGCCUCAAAUAAGAAUUCAACUGGCUUCUGUCGUUCGUCACUUAAAGUUGCAGAUUUUUCAUAUAACUUUUUGGUUGGUAGCAUACCGAAAUGCUUGGAGUAUCUUCCAAGAACUAGCUUUCAAGGGAAUUGCCUCCAUGUCAAAGAAAUAAAACAGCGGACUAAAGUUCAAUGUGCUGGAGCUUCGCCUGCCCAAGGUCAUCCAGUAGUGAAACCACCGAAACGCCAAUCUAAAGCUGAACAUGUUUCAAAGCAUCAAGGAUCUUCAAAACCUGCUUGGCUUUUGGCUAUCGAAAUAGCGACCGGAACCAUGGUUGGUUCUCUCUUUCUAAUCGGUAUUCUCACUGCUAUCCAAAGGUGUAACAACAAAUCAUCCAUCAUUAUUCCUUGGAAGAAAUCUGCAAGCGAGAAAGAGCAAAUGACGGUAUUUGUAGACUCCGAGAUGUUGAAAGAUGUGAUGAGAUACAGCAGACAGGAGCUUGAGGUGGCCUGUGAAGACUUCAGCAACAUAAUUGGAUCCUCGCCUGAUAGUAUCGUCUACAAGGGUAUAAUGAAAGGUGGACCUGAGAUUGCUGUAAUUUCACUCUGCAUCAAGGAAGAGAAUUGGACUGGACACCUUGAACUUUAUUUUCAAAGAGAGGUGGCAGACUUGGCAAGGUUAAAUCAUGUGAAUACAGGAAAGCUAUUAGGCUAUUGUAGAGAGAGCAAUCCAUUUACAAGGAUGCUGGUUUUUGAUUAUGCAUCAAAUGGAACACUAUAUGAGCACCUGCAUUGUUAUGAAGAAGGGUGCCAAUUAUCUUGGACACGGCGCAUGAAAAUCAUCAUAGGCAUCGCUCGAGGACUAAAGUAUUUGCACACUGAAAUUGAACCUCCAUUCACUAUCUCAGAGUUGAAUUCAAAUGCUGUAUACCUUACAGAUGAUUUUUCCCCUAAGUUGGUUGAUUUUGAAAGUUGGAAGACAAUUCUGGAAAGAUCAGAAAAAAAUUCUGGUUGUGUUAGCAGCCAAGGUGCUGUUUGUAUUCUUCCAAACUCCCUUCAAGCACGCUAUCUCGAUACCAAAGGAAACAUUUAUGCUUUUGCAGUACUUCUACUGGAGAUUAUCAGUGGAAGAUCUCCAUACUGCAAGGACAAAGGUUACUUAGUAGAUUGGGCCAGGGAUUAUCUUGAGAUGCCAGAAGUAAUGUCAUAUGUGGUGGAUCCUGAGUUGAAACAUUUUGGAUAUGAUGACCUCAAAGUAAUAUGUGAGGUAAUAACACUUUGUAUUAGUCCUGACUCCAGUGUCUGUCCAUCGAUGCGAGAAUUGUGCAGCAUGCUGGAGAGCAGAAUCGACACAUCGAUAAGUGUGGAGCUCAAGUCAUCAUCUUUAGCUUGGGCUGAACUAGCACUUUCAUCAUAAUAUUUGAGUAGUCAAUACUCAAAACUAACAUCAUACACUGAAGCAGACUUAUAUAAUUGAUGGGAGCUUCUUUUCUCAACCUCCACAUGCACUUCGAAAAUCCGAAACACCUUACUUUUUGGUUGCUUUUGAUUAUUUUUUUUUCAUUCUAUUUAGCUAUAUAUAUACUUACAUGUAAAUGAUUGUUCAAAAAAAGGAAAUGUGCAAGGAUUAAUCCAAGACAAGUUAUCCUUGUAAAUGUGGCUAACAAGUUGAAGUCCAUAAAUUGAUAAAUGAAAGGAAGAAGAUUGUGCUGAACAUUUUGGUUCUGUAUAUAUAUUUAGCACUUUUAUGAUUCA